CUGUGUAAAUGCGUGCGUGCGUGCGUACGUUCAUGAUUUCCAGUCGGUGGGAGGUCAGCUUGGUCAGCCUUUCGGCGAGAACGAUACGCGUUGCGUAGACGCGUCGUUCCCUUCUCUCCUUCCUUUCUUUCUCCUCUUCCUCUUCCUAUCUUUUCUUCUUGUCCCCAAACUCGUGCAGUCGAUUCGAAGCGUGUCAACUCCGCUGCCACUUAUUUUACGCUCGCGUGAAUUUUUUUAAAGAUCUCUUUUAGACGAUAAUUAAUUUAGUGUUCGCGUGGGCGGAGGUCCUUUGAUUCGCUGAAUGACGCACGGUACAUACAACCGCUGAGAAUAUGUGUAAUAACCUAUGUAACGCGUUUUUUGCAAAUAUCGAAAAUAAGUGUCUAGAGAAUAGCUACCAUGACUAAUAUCCUACUGUGAUAUGCCGGAAGUUUAACUUUUUGCUCUACGGAUUUUCGAGCAACAAAGUGCUUUCUCGAAAGGCGAUGGUGCAUUAUAUUAUCACGGCCCGAUGAUCGCAAACAAAAGCGUGAGGCAGUGAUUUCUUUUAUCAGAUAUCCAACGAUUUUUCAAAAACGGAACUUCAUCGAACGUUUUCGUCUGUCGAAAUUGAGAAUUUAAUAACGAAUGACGUGCUCAUUCGAAACGUCAUCGCGCGCGAACACGCGGAGAAAAAGUGAUGCACGUGUAUCUCACUGACAUUUCUCUCGCGAGGACUUAUGAGUCACUCUCCUUUACCGACAAUUGCACUUCUACGCCGGUAAACAGUUCCAAGGAUUCCAUUGGAACAGUCGGUUGUGUAAUUCGAGACGCGACUCUAAAGAGUGUGUCCUUUGUUUUACAAUUAACACCGACCUCGCGGCGAUAAACGUUGAACCGAUAUCCGGUGCACAGUCAACGCAGUGGUGUUCUGCUAGAACGUGGUGUAAAUAAAAAGAGAAACUGUUCGUUUUAUUGAAAAUUAAGAGAGAAAAAAAAAUGAAAAUAAUAAAUUGAAUAAAAGGAAAUUAUAUUAUAUUUGAGAUGUGGAGCAUAAUCAGAAACUUUCUGGAACAGUUCCUUUUAUUGGGGCUGUUCUUUAGUAUUUUAUACUGUUUCCUCACUUCCACCUUCAAUUUCUGGGAGAUUCGCGGCGUUCCCUUCCGGAAGCCUACCGUUCUCUUCGGCAACUAUGCAUCUUUGUUGUUAUUCCAAAUAUCAUUGCCGGAAGGUAUCAAGGAGAUGUACGAAUGGUUCAAGGACGAGAGAUUCUUCGGGGCGUUUCGCGUGAAAUCGCCCGUCCUGAUUCUGCGGGAUCCAGACCUUAUCAAGAACGUAUGCGUGAAGAAUUUUGCUUGCUUCUCGAAUCGCGGCAUACCGGUGAAUUCUCAGGAUCCAUUGUCCGCCCACCUGUUUAAUCUAGAGGGAAAGAAAUGGAAGAGCCUGCGGUCGAAGCUGACCCCAGCCUUUUCAUCUGGCAAAUUAAAAAGAAUGUUCUACCUGCUGGCCGAGUGCGGGGAAGAGUUUCAAAAAUUAAUCGGAUCCUCGUCCGAGGCCGAUCGGCCAAUCGAGAUUCGCGAGUUGGCGGCGAAAUUUACGAUAGACGUCAUUGGUAGCUGCGCCUUCGGCAUACAAAUAAACGCGCUCACCGACGAGGAAUCCGAGUUCCACAGGGCUGCGAAAAAGCUCUCGAGACCAAGCUACAAGGCCACCCUAUGGCGGAUGCUUAGAACAGCUAUGCCGAGGGUCUAUAAAUUUUUAAGCGUUCAAGUGAUCAACCCCGAGGUAACGAGAUUUUUCAAGAACGUCGUGUCGCAGAUGCUGAAGCAACGAGAAGAGCACGGUAUCAAGAGGCACGACUUUAUGGACCUGUUGAUCGAAUUAAAAAAUAAAGGCACUUUGGAAAAUGAGGCUGGUAACGGGCACAUUAGCAACGACGAAGAUGCGGAUACCGUCGAGGAAAUAGAACUGGACGAGAACAGUAUUGCUGCCCAAGCGUUUGUAUUUUUCGCUGCCGGCUACGAAACUUCGUCCAACACCAUUGCAUUUUGCCUUUACGAGUUAGCAUUGAAUGCCGAGAUUCAGGAAAGAACGAGACGCGAUAUUCAAGAUGCCAUCGACAACAGAGACGGAAAAUUGACUUAUGAUGCCGUGCAGGACAUGAAAUACCUUGAUAUGGUUAUAGCAGAAACUCUUCGAAAAUAUCCACCGGCGUCGUUAUUAUCUCGUAGAUGCGAAUAUCAAUAUCAAAUACCGGGUAGUAAAGUGGAACUACCACCGGGUAUGCGGGUUAUUAUACCAAUUUAUGGACUCCACCAUGAUCCAGAUUAUUAUCCGAACCCGGCGACGUUUGAUCCUGAACGGUUUACGGAAGAGAACAAACGCACGAGGCAUCCGUAUACGUAUCUUCCAUUUGGCGAAGGACCAAGAAAUUGUAUAGGAAUGAGGUUUGCAUUGUUACAAAUUAAAGUGGGUAUCAUUUCAUUCCUAAGGAAGCAUAGAGUAGAGGUUUGUGAGAAAACAGUUAUACCAAUCAAAUUUAGUAGAAGAAGCUUGGUAACGACGAGCGAGAAUGGAUUCUGGUUAAAAAUUGUACAGUAGUCUUAAACUAUUUUUAAAGUUGCAGGAAAAGAACCUUUAACAUAUACACAUUGAUGACAAAGUCUGUUGUGUACUUAAUAUACCUCAACAAAGUAAUCAAUAUUUUUUUUAAUUCUUUGAUACAAUCAAUGCUAAUACAGUCAAUCAAUAACUUUAAUAUCAAGCUUUAAUUGUUUGUUCAUUGAAACUAUUAAUCAGUUGUAUUCAUUAUAUUAGUCAGAAAUUGCAAUCUCGAUUUAAGUUACCAUAAAUAGUGUAUUUAAUUUUUUUUGCUAUGUUACAAUUAAUUAUUGAGUAAAUUUUAAUAUAAUGAUAAUUAGAAAUUAUUUUUAAGACAAUAGUUUAUUACAAAUGUACUUUUAGUAUAAUAUUCUUAUACAAACGAAACAUUUAUAUUUUUGUAAACAUUUUAUGUACUAUAAAGAACACAUUGUAUAAUGUACUGUUGUAACAAAUAUGGCAUUAGAAA